UUCAAGUUCAAGUUCAAAAACAUACGGAAAUGAUACUAGUAUAUUACACCCAUUCAGAAUGACUUUACAGUAACAGCCGUAAUAUAGAUCUACAGCCUAUUAGAUAAUUCUUAAUCAGAUUUAGAAUUAUGGAUCCGCAUACUCAUAAGUGUGUCGCAUUUAUAUUACUUUUGUAAACAAAAAAAAUGAUCGACAUUCAAACAUAUCGAGCUCGAAUCGGACGUUUUUGUCCGAGAAUGAAGGCCGUGUUUGACCUGGACACCCUGCAUGCAGUAGGUGUCGUCGGAUUCAUUGGUAUGCUGCUAUUUAUUGCUGGGAUAGAGGUGAAUCCAGGGCCAGUCCAAGUGGAUGAAUUAUCCAUGGCAUUGCUACCAGAGAAAUGGUCGACCAGUUUCAUUGCCAUUAAGUCAACAGGCAACGGGAAUUGUUUGUACAAUGCAUGUUCGUUAGCCCUUUGUGGUGUAUGUCCUGAUUUAGCGGCUUUAGUAUUCCGUCGUACAGAGCUGACAGAUGACGAAAAGUACCACAUUCUUACCUUCAAUGUGAAUAGACUCUUGAAAUAUCCUUCUAGUAAAAAUAGAAGAUAUAACCCAUCUUGGGAAACAACCUACAGCUGGCUGCGGUACUCGGUGAGUCAAGACGGGGUCUUCUGUGCGCCGUGUUUUGUGUUUGCACGCAAGGAUCUUAGACACACCGAAUUUACUUGUAUGGCAUUUAACGAUUGGAAAAAUUCAGUAGGUGCGAAAAGGGGCGCACUGCCAACUCACGAUUCAUCUCAAGCACAUAGUGAUGCAGUAACAGCUAGUGCAAUGUUUUUGGACGUGUAUAAAGGCAGUAGAGAACCAAUAAAUGCGUCACUAAGCACAGCCUUUUCUGAUAAAAUAGCUGGAAAUAGACACCUUCUUAUGGCUAUUAUUAAAGUUAUAAUAAAAUUUUCAUCUCGCGGAAUUCCUCUCAGAGGAAGUUGGAUAAAAGACCAAAACCGCAAAGACAGUAAUUUUGACUACUUUUUAGAAUGGAUAAGCACAAAUGACGAAAAACUUUACAAAAAUCUAAUAAGUAGCCCGAAAAACGCAAAAUACACAUCACCACAAACACAAAAUGAAAUUAUUUCUUGCAUUGGUGACUACAUACGUAAGAAGAUAGUGCGUGAUGUUUCUGAUUCUCCCUUUUUUUACAUAAUGGCGGACGAAACGACUGAUAUAAGUGUGACAGAACAAAUGAGUGUGUGUGUGCGUUAUAUAGCUGGUAAGGAAAUCCGUGAAGAUUUUAUCGGUUUUAUUGAACUGCCAAAGACCGAUGCCGAAACAAUUACAGUUAAGCUAACUGAGAGUCUAAAACAAUGGAAUCUAGACCUAUCCAAGUGGCGGGGGAAAGGUUUUGAUGGGGCAGCUACAAUGGCCACGUUAAAGGUGUUCACUCGCGCAUAG